UUAGUAGACACUAUCCUAAUUAAUUAUACUCAUUCAUUAUUCAGGGUCCCCCUCUCAGAGAGUUGAGACCUCCACUCACUCUGAUAUGGAAAAGAGGAAAAAAUUUGCCAACCAAGAUGGGUGGCGCGGUACGGAGUGUUGUUAUCAGUGACACGGUGUAUGUUGGUGGAGGGUACGGAAAUAUUAGUCUUGAUGACAAUUGUGACGAGUGUACAGUGAUGAAGCUCAAGCAAGAUCAAUGGACCAAACUACCAGAGUACACUGCCAAGUGGUUCUCUAUGACAUCACUCACUAAUCGACUAGUGCUGGUGGGAGGACAGGAUCCGGGAACCAGUGAAGAAACCAAUCAACUUGCAGUGUUUCAAGCAGGAAAAUGGACUCGCCCGUAUCCACCAAUGAACAUUGCUCGUUUUUCCUCAACAGCUGUCUCCUUCAACAACCACAUUAUUGUAGCUGGUGGGGGUAUUAAAGGACAGUUCUCCUCCUCUGUGGAGGUGUUGGACGUGGCAUCAAGAAGAUGGUACAUUGCUCAGUCACUACCUAGCCCACGAUCAGUACUGAAAUCGACUCUCAUAGGAAACACCCUCUACCUAAUGGGAGGGUUGGAUCACACUGGGGAAACCAAGUCGGUGCUCCACGUCAACCUCGAUGAACUUAUUGCCAAUGCCCUUUCUGGGGCAACCAAAUCGGACAACUUGAACCUCAAGGAACUCGUUGCAAUUGCCCUUUCCAACCGGGACCCACCCAUUCUCUGGCAGACCUUACAGGAAGUACCACUCGUGUUCUCAGCUCCUCUCAGUAUUGGGAGGUCACUCUUAGCCGUUGGUGGACGGGACGACAGACGCAACCCAAGUUCAUCGAUCUACCUCUACCAGCCUGACACCAGGAGGUGGGUGAAAGUGGGAGAUCUGCCUACUGCACGAUACGGCUGCACAUGCUCAGUACUUCCUAGUGGAGAGGUCAUUGUAGCCGGAGGACAGACAGAACUAUAUUCUGAUCGUAUUCAAAUUGUGGAUUUCUUUUCUAUAAGUGAUUAGUUAUUUUGUGGAGUUAACAUUGUUCAACGA